GGCGCCGGGCUUGUCAGUUUCGGCAGGGCUGCGGGGCAGUAACGGGGUAGGCUGCGCCGCUUAUAAGGUGGCUGCCCAAGCCGCUGACGUCUUUCGGAUUGGAAGCGAGUCCCGAGCCCGCGAGUCGGUUUCCCUCGCGGCGGGUGAGGUGCUGUCUUUAAAGUACCACCACAAACCAAUAUCUUUAUGUCUAGAAAAGUGCAACGUCUUCGAGAUCAUGACAUAAAUCCCUGCCUUGUGGAAGCAGAUGCCUCUAGCAAAUGUAUGGAUAAGAACAACUACAAUAAAGAUGCAUGCACCCUGUACUUUUUAAGAUACAAGAGCUGCAAAAAGUUUUGGAAUGGCAUCGUGAUGCAGAGAAGAAAAGAUGGAAUCAAACCAGAUAUGCCUACAGCAGAAGAGAGAGAGAAGAUCCUGGCAUCAGUAGGAAAAAUACCAUACUGAUUGUGCAGUGUUACAGUGGUGUUGUUGUAAGCAAGACAUUCUGGAAAGAAUGUUGAAAAACACCAUUAGACUUGGUGGCUAUUGUUGCCACCUUCUCAAACACCUUUGUACAAUACCCUUCUGAACAACAAUUUAGGGUAUUGCGUCUAUAAGCUGGUUUUUAUUGAAAGCAGAAACCUGAAGCCUUGAUGACUAUCAGAAAGUAACUUACUGUACAUGGUAUGUAAGAGAAACUUUUAGUAAUAAAUCAGCCUUUUUAACGAUGAAA